AGUCCAAUGAAGAGCGAGGGGGCGGGGUCUGCGCGUGAGGGCUCUCCUUGAGACAGUCAGAGGGAGCGUUCCUCGUCUCCGUGAGAAUCGUCCGAGGCGAUGAGGAUGGCGGCGCUGGCGAGCGCGGCUGAGCGCGCCGUCCUGCAAGAAGAAUUUAACUGGCUUUUACGGGAGGAGGUUCAUAGUGUUCUCCGGCAACUGCAGGAAAUUCUGAAGGAGGCAUCCCAUCGGUUCACGUUGCCUGUGGGAGGCUCAGAGGGACCCCUCAAGCAAGAGAACUUCAUUCUGGGUAGUUCAAAUGCUGACCAGGUGAAAGGGGUCCUGACCCUUCAGGGAGAUGCCCUGUGCCAGGCAGAUAUAAAUGUGAAAAUGCCCAGAAACAACCAACUCCUACACUUUGCAUUCCGGGAUGACAAGCAGUGGAAAUUGCAGCAGAUUCAGGAUGCAAGGAAUCACGUCAACCAAGCAAUCUAUCUGCUCACCAAUAGAAGCACCAAUUACCAGUUCAAAACUGGGUCUGAGGUCAUCAAGCUAAUGGAUGCAGUGAUGUUGCAACUGACCAGAGCUCGAAACCGACUCACCACACCGGCUACUUUGACAUUGCCAGAAAUCGCUUUGAGCGGCCUCACGAAGAUGUUCACUCCUGGUCUGCCUCCAGACAUCCUGGUGAAUUUCUACAUCAACUUGAACAAACUCUGCUUGACAGUCUAUCAGUUACAUGCCCUGCAGCCCAGUUCCACAAAGAACUUUCGGCCUGCUGGAGGGUCCAUUCUCCAUAACCCAGGGGCCAUGUUUGAAUACAACAACCAAAGAUAUGAAGUCAGCCAUGUUCAUAAGGUGGAGUGUGUCGUACCUUGGUUAAACGAUGCCCUCGUUUUCUUCACGGUAUCAUUGCAGCUCUGCCAGCAGCUAAAGGACAAGAUCUCUGUAUUUUCUGGCUUCUGGAACUACAAGCUGUACUAAUCCUUCUUUCAAACGUGGUCCAAAUUGUAGUUUCCAUUCCAAUCACUCUCUUCUGGGGAGGAGGUUGUUGUCGUAUAAGCUGUGUAUUGUGGGAUCCCUCCACUCCUGGUCGCCAUGGAGUGUUGGCCUCCUUGUGCGUCAUAUAUAUGUCAUUAUUUAUUAGCACUUUAUGGGCACAAGAUAUUUCUUCCCAAGGGCAAUGAGGUUAGGGGUGACACUAAGCCUUUAAAACAGUCCCAUUUGUGGGAGUGACUGUGGAAGGAGGCUAGGACUUCUAUCUUUGCCUAUUCCCUGUCCCUUUGGAGGAGAAGAGGGACCAACUGGAGCCAUAGCAUUCACUCAUAAUCCUCCCAUAUAAAUUUCCAUUUUGGGUUUGGCAUCUGCACCUGCCAUUUUGCUUAAAUGUUACUGUUCAUUUCCACAACUGGAACUCAGAGGCACAGGGAACUAUUUCCUUUUGAUGGUGGGUUAAACCUGUUUUUGUCAAGUAGACGCAGUGAUGUCAGGCUUGUGGCCCUCCAGUUGAAACUCCCAAAAUUCCUGGCUGUCAGGCAAGCUGGUAAGAGCCUCCGUGAGUUGGAGUUCCAAACAUCUAGAGGGCCUGAAGUGGAGGCACUAUCUCAUUAUCAGGUCUUCCAGUGAUCCCUUUCUGGGCCCAUCUGCCACAAGGCAAAGAAAACUAUAAAUGCUGUCCGAGUGGCGGAAGUGGUCAAUUGAUUGCUGCUACAUUCGUGAAAAUAAUGAAUAUAUUGUGAAAUAAAAGUUCCCUGAAUAUUGUGA